UGGAAAAGUUCUUUCCAAGUGAUCUUGAUAUUCUCGAGUCUGCGAAGGCACCUCCUGUUGAACCAAAGAGUAAUGGUCCUCGACCAUCAAUGACACACACACGCGAAAUGAGUUUUGGUGGUACUUCUCUUUUUUCCGACAACUUUUCAAAUAUUCAACGUUCUGGUGGAUAUGCUUUGAUAAUUGAUGGCUCGGCCCUCAAACAUGCACUAGAUGAACCCUUUAGUCGAAGCUUGCUUUUAGAUUUGGCUUGUCGAUGUAAGGGUGUUAUUUGUUGUCGUGUUUCUCCUCUGCAAAAAGCAAAAGUUGUAGAGUUGGUUAAGGAAGGGAAACAGGCUGUAACAUGUGCGAUAGGAGAUGGCGCCAAUGAUGUCAGCAUGAUUCAGGCUGCGCACAUUGGCAUUGGUGUAGCAGGGGAGGAAGGGCUACAAGCUGUUAUGGCGUCUGAUUAUGCCAUUGCACAAUUUCGUUUUCUUACUCGUCUCCUGUUAGUUCACGGUCAUUACGCCUACAUUCUGGCAGUAGAAGUACCAGAAUUAUAUCAAUGGGGGAUGAAAAGGAAAGGAUAUACGAUGCCCAUAUUUUUUGUAUAUAUGCUUGAAGGGAUAUACCAGUCCUUGGUAUGCUUUUUUGUUCCAUAUUUUGCUUAUGGAUUAGGAAGUGUAAACAUAAGUGGUCGUCAGCCCGAUUAUAUUGAAUUGGGUACAGAGAUGGCAGCAGCUUUUCUUUCUGGUCAAGAAUCGGCUGUGCCUAUUUAUACGGAUGGUGUACUUACUCGUACUCCUCGACCUAGCUUUACGACUGAACGUUCUUCAAGCGUUACUUCAGGAUUGCAGAUAAUUACGCAAAUAGAGCAACCGAGUGGUAUUGAGAUACCAGAGACUCCAGCCAGUAUGACAUUUAUGCAAACAGGCGUAACAACGGCUAUGCGUGGUUAUGCAUUUUCGCAAGAAGAAGGUACAGGAAGAAUGUUGGCGCCACCUUUACGACGUCGCAAAACUAAUCCCGGUCCAUUGGGUCAUUCGGUUAGAAUUGAAACCAACCCACUACGUCGAAGGAGUUUACCGGAUGUAAGAGCAUCUGCUGAUUUAACAGCACGAGUUAUAAAUAGCGAGGAAAGGAUACGCAUGGUUCAAUUCAGAGAAUCAAAUAGUUCAACAAGCACAUAUAACAUACAUUCUAGGGAAGAAAGCGAAAGUUUAAACGAAUCUCCCGUUUCAGAAUCAAUACAACCAAGGGUGAUCAGUAAUGAACCAAUAUCUAUGGAGGUGAUAAAUAAUGAUAAUGAUAAUAUUGAUCAAGAAAGCACAAAUAUUAAUCAAGUAAAAGAUACGGACAAUAUUGAUCGAGAGGAAACAACUGAAUAG